AUAAAUCAAAACAAGAUGACUUACAUGGCCAUCACCAAUACAACGACCUCGUCGGAUUCGACGUUCACUGGAUCGGUGGCCACAGACAAGUUGAUGUAUACAUUCUGGGGUAUACGUAUAAUAAUAUAUAUAAUGUUCUUUAUAAUGAAUUCAGUACAGACAGCGUUUGAAUUAGAAGUCGUUGUCAGGAAGCGCUCCGUCAACACAAGAUUCUUUACAUUCCUGUCUAUGACUUUAUUCUGUGCAUGUAAGUUGGUU